AUGGCACAGCAGAGCCUAGGUUACUACGACACCAUCUCAGGCUUGUCAGCACUUGAAUGCUCUCAUAAGGUUCAUCUCUCGGUCGAGCAACUUCAACAAUUGUGCACACUUGAUAAAAAAGCCAGGAAAAUACAGGAUGGAGUAGACGAUAAUGGUGAUGAAAACGAACGCAGGAUCAGAAAAAGAGCACCUGUACACGGAUAUUUGAGCAAGAUAGAUGCUACUAUAAAGCUAGAUUUGUCAAACGAACUGCAACAUACGCUACUCGGCGGACAUGUGCCCCGCUCGCAGUUGGAGGCGUUGUCAAGCACAGAUUUUGCCAACUACUUCCACAAGAUGGUGGAUUUCGAGAAGGCCACCCAAACUUUCGACAUGUUUGCACACCAAGCGACAAUGGUGGCUACUGCGGUCCCUACCCCCACGCCACCGCCAAGCAUAACUCCGACGACCACUCCGCUAACUCGCACCGAAUUUACUGAGACUGCAGAGGCGGUGAGAAGAUCCAGACCGCAGCUCAAUAGCAACAAUAGUAGUAGUGGUAGUAGUGCGGGCGGUGUGAAGAAAGUGAUUCUUUGCAAAAAAUGCAAGGCAAGAUUCAGUGGUCCUCGCAGAUUUACCAAUAUGAAAAAACAUAUGUGCAUGAGGGGCUGA